GAGUGUAUCUCUCUUUGUUUUUUUGCAUAGGAAAAAAUUGAAAAGCACUUCUAAGUAUAUUUAUCAGACUCUGUUUUUGAACGGGGAGAACAGUGAUGUCAAAAUUUGUGCUCUGGGAGAGGAGUGGAACUUGCAUAAGAUAUAUUUGUGUCAGUCAGGCUACUUUUCCAGUAUGUUCAGUGGAUCUUGGAAAGAAUCUAGCAUGAACAUCAUAGAGUUGGAGAUUCCUGACCAAAAUAUUGAUAUAGAAGCUCUGCAGGUGGCUUUUGGCUCACUGUAUAGAGAUGAUGUGUUAAUAAAACCCAGUCGAGUAGUUGCACUUUUAGCAGCAGCCUGCAUGCUGCAGCUUGAUGGCUUAAUCCAACAAUGUGGUGAAACAAUGAAGGAAACCAUUAAUGCAAAAACUGUGUGUGGUUAUUAUAAUGCAGCGGGGACAUACGGGUUAGACUCUGUGAAGAAAAAGUGCCUUGAAUGGCUCUUGAAUAACCUGAUGACUCACCAGAGCGUUGAACUCUUCAAAGAACUCAGCAUAAACCUCAUGAAACAGCUGAUUAGCUCUUCUAACCUAUUUGUAAUGCAAGUGGAAAUGGAUGUGUACACUGCUCUCAAAAAGUGGAUGUUCCUUCAGCUAGUGCCUUCUUGGAAUGGGUCUUUGAAACAACUCUUAACCGAAGCUGAUGCCUGGUUUGCCAAGCGUAGGAAAGAUUUUGAGGAUGACAUUGCAUUCCUGGAAUCAGAACAGGGGAAUGCGUUCCUGUCCGUGUUCACACACUUGAGAUUACAGUAUAUCAUCAGUGACUUGGCAUCAGCCAGAAUUAUUGAGCGAGACUCCCUAAUACCCUCAGAAUGGCUGUCCUCUGUUUACAAACAGCAGUGGUUUGCCAUGCUCAGAGCAGAACAAGACAAUGAUAUUGGGCCUCAAGAAAUAAAUAAAGAAGAACUGGAAGGAAACAGCAUGAGGUGUGGUCGAAAACUUGCAAAGGAUGGUGAUUACUGCUGGCGGUGGACUGGGUUCAACUUUGGCUUUGACCUUCUCGUUACUUAUACAAAUCGUUACAUCAUUUUCAAACGGAAUACGCUGAAUCAGCCAUGCAGUGGAUCAGUCAGUCUGCAGCCUCGGAGAAACAUAGCCUUCAGGUUACGUCUAGCCUCUUUUGAUAGCAGUGGGAAAAUUAUUUGCAGUAGAACGACAGGAUAUCAGAUCCUAACCCUUGAGAAGGACCAGGAGCAGGUAGUAAUGAAUUUGGACAGUAGACUCCUGAUCUUUCCGCUCUAUAUCUGCUGUAACUUCUUGUACACGUCACCAGAGAAGAAGGCUGACAGUGAGGCACUGCCAGAUAGUUCGGAAACCUGA